AUGGAUGAUCCAAAGCUUGAAAGAGGGACAACUAUUUCUUCUGAGCUCUUCAAAGCAAUCCAAGAAUCGAUGCUUGCAAUCAAUGUUCUCUCGCCAAACUAUGCUUCUUCUUCCUGGUGCUUGGAUGAACUUACAAAGAUUCUCCAAUGCAUGAAAUCCAACGGCACAUUUCUGCCUGUGUUUUAUAAUGUGGAUCCCUCCGAUGUGCGAAAACAAAGCGGCAGUUAUGCAAGCGCGUUCGCUAAGCAUGAGAAAAGAUUUAGGGAAGACAUAGAAAAGGUGAAGCGCUGGAGAGCUGCUUUAACAGAAGUUGCCAAUUUAUCUGGGUUGGAUUCAAAGAAUCAGUAA